AUGAAGAUCCAAAACAUCCUCGCCGUCCUCUCCUUCACGGCUUCGGCCCUCGCGGCCACCAACGAGCCCUGCAUCGGCAGCGGAGGUGCAGCAGGUGUCUGCAUCACCACCUCCGCCUGCUCCGCCGCCGGCGGCACCUCCAUAACCGGCGCCUGCCCCUCCGACCCCUCCAACGUCCGCUGCUGCACCAAGCCCAGCUGCUCCAACGGCUCCAACGGAAACUGCCGCUGGCAGAGCGACUGCGCCGGCUCCACCGUCGCCAACCAGUGCCCCGGCCCCGCCCAGAUGAAGUGCUGCUCUUCCAAGGCCACGGGCUUCGGCGGCUACUCGCGCCCGGGGCUCCCCGCCGCCUCGAACGCUUGCAAGGCCGUCUCGGUUAAUGGUGCUAAGAAGAUCCUGGAUGCUUGGCCUGGUAGGGUGCCCACCAUGUCUGGUCGUGAGAUUGCCGAGUGGGUUAUGAAGAACCGCUCUUCGCUCAAUGUCAAGUACAUCAUCUGGGGCCAGCGAAUUUGGAAUCCCAGCCGCGAUGCGCAGGCUUCCUGGACUUCAUGGAGGGCCAUGGAGGACCGCGGCUCCAUUACCCAGAAUCACUGGCAAGUGGAGAGGACCACGUCCAUGUCAGCUUCAACUAGGCUGAACUCGUAG